AAUUUGAUUAUUAAAUUCAGAAAUUGUUUUAUACUAAAUUAAAAAAUGAAGCUUGUUCUUCGAGAUGAGAACUCUUCCCCAGCGUUUUGAAUUUCAUUCAGUAGGGAAGUAGUUGCUACGCCAGGGGUUCAACUCUCGACGAAGAAGAUUCAUCCUGCGAAUAUUUAGGCGGGUUCGAUCUCGCGACCGCUCUUCCAUCAUGUUGAUCCGCACUUUGCUCUCCCGGGGCAGACACGACCACCACAGACUUCUCAAUGGAAAAUUGAGAGCCCUGCAAUUUUCUAGUGGCAGUGCGGAACCCCUAAAGACACAAGAUACUCAGAGUCCUCCAAAAGUAAAAGUUCUUAUUGGAGGAGAAUUCUUGGAUUCUCAAGCGCAAGAAUGGAUUGAUGUUAUUAAUCCAGCAACACAGGAUGUUGUCUCUAGAGUGCCAUUGACCACUGCUGACGAAUUUCAAGCUGCAGUGAAUGCUGCAAAACAAGCUUUUCCUGCUUGGAAGAACACCCCUGUAACAACACGUCAGCGCAUCAUGUUUAAGCUCCAAGAGCUCAUCCGAAGGGAUAUGGAAAAAUUGGCAAUGAGUGUGACUACAGAACAGGGGAAAACUUUGGGUGAUGCUCAUGGUGAUGUCUUCCGUGGAUUAGAGGUUGUAGAACAUUCUUGCAACAUGGCAAGUUUACAAAUGGGUGAGUUUGUGGAGAAUGUAUCAACUGGCAUUGAUACUUACAGCAUCAGGCAACCUCUAGGAGUUUGUGCAGGAAUAUGCCCAUUCAACUUUCCAGCUAUGAUUCCUUUAUGGAUGUUUCCUCUAGGAGUGACAUGUGGUAAUACGUUUCUCUUGAAACCUUCAGAGAAAGAUCCUGGAGCUGCAAUGCUUCUAGCUGAAUUAGCAAUGGAGGCUGGUCUGCCCCCUGGUGUUCUCAAUAUUGUUCAUGGGACACAUGAUGUUGUCAACCAAAUUUGUGAUGAUCCAAAUAUCAAAGCAGUCUCCUUUGUUGGUUCCAAUGUGGCUGGCAUGCACAUAUAUGCCAGGGCAUCGGCUAAAGGAAAACGUGUCCAGUCUAACAUGGGUGCAAAGAAUCAUGCAAUCAUCAUGCCUGAUGCAAAUGUAGAUGCUACAUUGAAUGCACUUGUCAGUGCUGGCUUUGGUGCUGCAGGCCAACGAUGCAUGGCACUUAGCACAGCUGUAUUUGUUGGAGGCUCAAAGCAGUGGGAGGAGGGACUGUGUGAACGUGUGACGCGAUUGAAAGUAAGUGCAGGGAUUGAGCCUGGUGCAGACCUGGGCCCUGUGAUUAGUAAACAGGCAAAAAGUCGUAUAUACAACUUGAUAGAAAGUGGUGUUAAGGAUGGAGCAAGACUUGUGCACGAUGGUCGAGGUAUUGAGGUCCCUAACUACAAGCAAGGAAAUUUUGUGGGUCCUACUAUUCUAGCUGAUGUUACUGCUGAUAUGGAGUGUUAUAAGGAAGAAAUUUUUGGGCCUGUCCUCCUUUGUAUGGAGGCUGGGAGCUUGGAAGAAGCCAUUGAUAUUGUGAACAGAAAUCCAUAUGGUAAUGGUGCUUCUAUAUUCACCACGUCAGGUGUAUCUGCAAGAAAAUUUCAACAUGAAAUUGAAGCAGGCCAGGUUGGCAUUAAUAUACCAAUACCAGUUCCAUUGCCCUUCUUCUCAUUUACGGGGGCCAAGGCAUCUUUUGCAGGCGAUCUGAACUUUUAUGGAAAAGCCGGUGUUCAAUUUUUUACUCAAAUAAAAACAAUUACAGCACAGUGGAAGGAUCUGCCAGGCCAAGGUGUAUCCAUGGCAUUUCCAACUUCACAGAAAGCAUAGAAUUCUCAUCUCCUUUAGAUUACUAAUCUAAAAGAAGUUAUGGGUUUAUCAUUGGCAUGCCAUUUUCAGUGUAUAAAAAGGUAGUAGGUGUUCCAGACCAUAGUAACAGCCCUCUAAAGAAAGUUUAGAGCCAUAUCGUUACAUCUGUAAAUGCCAAUUAAAGGUACCUGGUGCCGAAUCCUUUCAAAUUCAACAUUUGUUGAGAUUUAUUGAACUUUACUGCUAGAUUAUUUGGUUAAUUUACAACUGUACUAGUAAAAUCAUGUUGCUGAUUUCGACUCUGGAGUUUGAGAAUUAUGAUUUUGAAAAUGAGAGAUGAUCUAGCUCACCAUUAAAUAAAACAGGAGAAAUUUCAAAUAGUA